AUGCAACUACUCAGAAGAAACCGUCGAAAUUCGAGCAACUCAAGACAGAAUACAAAUAGCAGAACUGCAACAAGUAAUGCUGAACAACAAAGCUCAACACCAAGAUCAACCCUAAACAGUCCAAUACCUCCGGAGAUGCUGAGGUCUUUAAGUGAAGAAACCUUGAUAACUAGUGGUCACUCCAUACCCACCACACCUACACAUCCAUUUUCAUCAAUACCCAACCAUAUACGAAGAACUAUUUCCAACGACUCAAAUCUCACAUAUAUUUCAAGAGCUGAAACUUUUGUUGAUUUGGUAUUAGGUCAUUCAUUUGCUGAAUUUAAUGCAAUAAGGACUAUGCCUGUUGUUUCAGCACUUUUUCAAAAAGGUCUAUACGUGUUCCCAUCUGAAGAGUCGCUCAACUUGUACAAAGAAAAGAAUAGAAAUGUUGACCUUUCAUUAAGACAAAAAGGGCUAGGGACACCCAUUUUACAAGUUACAACACCCAUGUUAAGUGCUUUCAAGAAAAACUGUCCAACUGUCGUGAUAUAUAGGUUCAAAACUCCACCUAUCAACUGUUUAAACGUUAGUCCAGAGGCCACCAUAGAGAAUCCUAAAAUUGAGUUCUGCAGGGUUUAUUUUAAAUAUUUGAAAGAUAAAAUUGCCAAAUACACUUUCCAAUUCAUGCCUAAUGGGGAUCCAAAUGAUGCAGAAAAUGAAACUUUAACAAUGUAUGUUAGUUCUGUUACUCCAUAUGCUGAUGUUUGUUACAAAAACACGAGACUGAGAUGGGUUGGUACAACAAGCAUGUCUUCAACAUUCGGUUCAGGUUUUUUCAAACUGCUGAAAUUAUCAGAUGAAAGCCCGUCUUUAACAGACCACCUAGAUGAAAAUUUUCCAGACCCUACAAAUCCAUUAUUAGCUUCAAGAGAUGCAUUAGCCAAUACUUCACCUUUACCACCUUUGGCAAGGUUCAGUGAUAAACAAUCAUCUUCAAUACCCAAGAAAAGACUCUUGAGACAUGGUGAUAUCAAACUUAUCGAAGUUUUCAAUUCAGGCAAUAAAGAUAGUAUACUUGAUAUACCUUAUUGUUCUUUAGUUAUAUCAAGCUUGGCGUUGGUUUUACGUGAUCAAGAAAUCAAAAAAUAUCACGGAAAUGCAAGAUAUUAUGACACUUCACUAGCUACAACAAACGUAUUCUACUAG